UGGAUGAGACAUUCGGACAAUUUAGUGGUUUGUGCGCGAUCCAUCGCACCUGCACAAGCCACAAAUCAAGUGGCAAAAUUAAAGACAAGUCUUCACAUUUCGAACAGAGCAAACGCAGCCCUGAAAAUGACAAGGAAGAAAACCAAAAGUCCCAGUUGAGCACCAGCAGCGAGGAAAUAUUGGAUUACUCCGCAAACUCUGCGAAUCCACGGCUUUCCAAAACGUGCCGUCGAAUUUGAACAUGCAUAUUGAGUCCAUGAACGCAGCCUGACGUGAGGGGGAACCCCGCGCUGUGACGUACAUGAACGCCUCGGUGGUGAAUCCUCAACCCCAGCGUAAUUCACGCCAAUUAAAAUGGCUAUUUGCCCGGAUUGAGAAGAAGUGGAAUGAGAAGCGAAACAAAGGCAGCAGCCCUCCAUGGCUGCAAACACCACGACGCUCUCAGCCAAGCGCCUCCAGUCCGCCUCACAGGAGCGUGCCGUCGUGCGCCAUGAGAGGAGGAUUGUGGCGGAGCUCCACUGAGAGGAGGAUAUAUCACCUGACAAGCGCCCUCCUCCCUCUCCAUCACAACCAACACCACCAAAGAGGGGACGGAAACAGAAACCGUCGCUCUCCCCAUCUCGCAAACGGGAGGCAGUGAACGCCUCACAUCAACUGCGCGUUGUCGGAAGGACGCAACUUUCAUUAACUGGGGUGGGGGAGGGAAAAAAAAAACUCGGGGCAACUUGCAUCCCCGACUGGACCGAGCAGUCAGGGUCUCCUUGGGAGUAGUUGAGUUUUUCAAAGUCCAGCAAAGUCCCGAUAAAGUCCUGGGGCCACUGCAUCGAAGAUGCCGGUUCGGAGAGGCCAUGUGGCUCCGCAGAACACCUUCCUGGACACAAUCAUCAGGAAAUUCGACAGUCAAAGUCGAAAGUUCGUCAUUGCCAAUGCAAGAGUGGAGAACUGCGCCAUUAUCUUCUGCAACGAUGGCUUCUGUCUCAUGUGCGGUUACUCGCGAGCUGAGAUCAUGCAGAAGCCGUGCACCUGCAACUUCCUCUAUGGACCCGACACCAAACGUCUGGCCAUCGCUCAGAUGGCGCAGGCCCUGCUGGGUUCAGAAGAGAGGAAAGUGGAGAUCAACCUUUAUCGCAAAGAUGGUCAGUGCUUCCUAUGUAUGGUGGAUGUGGUGCCCGUGAAGAACGAAGAUGGCAUGGUGAUCAUGUUCAUCCUCAACUUUGAGGUCAUGACCGAGGAGACAUCGCGGGACGGCAAACAGGAGCUCAACCAUCGCCUUCCCACCUGGCUCGUCACUGGUCGUCCCAGAGGCUUCAAGUUGCGCCUUCCCCUGCUGCGCUCGCUCUCCAACAGUAAAGUGUCUCUGGAUGACGCAGAGUCUGGCCGGAUCCCCACUGCCACACCUUUGCCACUGCACCCGGUCGGCCAUUGUCAGGAGGCCCUCGGCUUGGGGGAGUUCCUGCCCCUUCCCCCUAUGCUGUCGGAUCAUUCCGAGCAAGUCAGUGAAAGCAGAUCAGCUCUACAAAGUUGGCCAGAAGACCACGUGGAGGACCAUCGCACUUUACUGGAAUCUGUGUCCCUCGUACCGCCUCAUGCACCUCACCACGUAACCCACUUGGUCGGGCCCCUUACCCAGUCGUCUCCUUGCGUGGCGUCGCACCAUCGCCUCAGCCUCAACCAGGACGCCUCCGGCUCCAACUGUUCCCUGUCACGCAGCCGCGAGAGCUUCCACAGCAUGAGGCGCGCGUCCUCCGUUGACGAGAUCGAGGCCAUGAGGCCUGACUGGGACCGGAAAAACCGGAGAGCCAGUGUCCGACUGGGAAGCACUGGUGCAGUGAACAGUAAGUCCAACAUACUGAACUCCACGUCAGACUCUGACCUCAUGCGGUACCGAACCAUCUCCAAAAUUCCUCAAAUCACCCUGAACUUUGUGGAUUUCAAACCCGACCCGCUCAUCGCCCUGCCCUCAGGGGAGAUGGACAUCAUCGCGCCUUGCAAACUCAUCGACCGCACGCACAAUGUGACGGAGAAAGUCACGCAGGUGCUUUCGCUGGGUGCAGAUGUUUUGCCAGAGUACAAGCUGCAGGCUCCUCGCAUCCACAGCUGGACCGUGUUGCACUACAGUCCCUUCAAGGCGGUGUGGGAUUGGCUCAUCUUGCUGCUGGUCAUCUACACCGCCAUCCUGACUCCUUACUCAGCGGCUUUCCUCCUGAACGACCAGGAAGAAGCAGCCAUGCAGCGUUGCGGUUACUCCUGCUCUCCUCUCAACGUGGUGGACCUCAUUGUGGACAUCAUGUUUAUCAUCGACAUCCUCAUCAACUUCAGGACAACAUAUGUGAACUCUAACGACGAGGUGGUGAGCCAUCCGCUGCGAAUCGCCGUGCACUACUUUAAAGGCUGGUUCCUCAUUGACAUGGUGGCCGCCAUUCCCUUCGACCUUCUAAUUUAUCGCAGCGGGGAAGAGACCACCACUCUGAUUGGGCUGCUGAAAACAGCUCGCCUCCUCCGGUUGGUCCGCGUAGCACGAAAACUGGACCGCUACUCCGAAUACGGCGCAGCCGUCCUCUUCCUCCUCAUGUGCACCUUUGCCCUCAUCGCGCACUGGCUGGCGUGCAUCUGGUAUGCCAUCGGUAACGUGGAGCGGAACGGCUCAAUUGGGUGGCUCCAUACACUCGGCGACCAACUGGGAAAACAAUUUAAUGACUCCAUCCCAGGAACGGGCCCCUCCAUUAAAGACAAGUACGUCACGGCUCUCUACUUCACCUUCAGCAGUCUGACCAGCGUGGGUUUUGGCAACGUCUCCCCGAACACCAACUCGGAGAAGAUUUUCUCCAUCUGUGUCAUGCUCAUAGGAUCUUUGAUGUACGCCAGCAUCUUUGGCAACGUCUCUGCCAUCAUCCAGCGGCUAUACUCGGGGACGGCCCGCUACCACACCCAGAUGCUUCGAGUCCGAGAGUUCAUCCGCUUCCACCAGAUCCCCAACCCGCUCAGGCAGCGGCUGGAAGAAUAUUUCCAACACGCCUGGUCCUACACCAACGGCAUCGACAUGAAUGCUGAUGAUUGGAAGACUUUGUCUCAGCAUGCAUGGUCCGACACCAUCAGAGAAAAUAGGAAAGAUGUGUUAAAAGGUUUCCCAGAGUGUCUCCAGGCGGACAUCUGUCUCCAUCUCAACCGGACUUUGCUGCAGAACUGUAAGGCUUUUAAAGGCUCCACCAAGGGCUGCCUCAGGGCCUUGGCAAUGAAGUUUAAGACCACCCACGCACCCCCCGGUGACACGCUCGUCCACGCCGGGGACGUCCUCACCGCGAUCUACUUUAUAUCCAGAGGAUCCAUAGAAAUACUAAGAGGAGAUGUUGUGGUUGCCAUACUAGGAAAGAACGACAUCUUUGGUGAACCUAUCAACCUGUAUGCUCGACCGGGUAAAUCCAACGCCGACGUGAGGGCGCUUACCUACUGUGACCUUCACAAAAUCUUCAGGGAAGAUGUUCUAGAGGUGCUGGACAUGUAUCCGGAAUUUGCGGAACACUUCUGGAACAACCUGGAAAUUACCUUCAACCUCCGUGAUACCAACAUGAUCCCCGGCUCUCCAAGCAGCGAUGAGUCUAAAUGCGGGGGCUUUAACAAAUUGCGCCGACGGAAAUUAUCAUUUAGGCGGCGCACAGAGAAGGAUGACGCAGAUGUCGGCGAAAUUAAAAAGUCCCACAAGUCUGUAAACAGAAGACGAGAGAGAGAAUCAGCCCAUAACCAAAAACGUCAAGAGGCUGCAAAGAGGCAGUUUCGCAACUCGGUGUCUUCCCAUUCUAGCGGGGAUGAGGGAGAAGAGUCAGUUGUAACCAGCCUCGCUCCGUCAUCUGCAAUGUUGGAGAACCACCAUGUACAGGCGGCACACAAAAACUUCUCUGAGAACACAGAUGGCGAUGGAGAAGUCAAGACGGGCAACACCUGCAAUGCAUUGUCAGGUGCCCUCUCAGGUGUGUCCAACAUCUUCAGUUUCUGGGGGGAAAAUCGAGGGGGUGGUCAGUACCAGGAGGUUCCCAGCUGCAGCCUCGCCUCCCCCCCAUCCCUCAGCACACCUUUGCACAGCUUGAGCCGCCAGCAACGCAGCCAGCUGGACACGCGCCUUGACCUGUUGCAAAAACAACUUAACCGAUUGGAGACUCGUAUGUCAACAGAUAUCGGAACGAUCAUGCAGCUGCUGCAGAGACAAAUGGCUCUGGUCCCCCCCGCCUAUAGUGCUGUCUCGUCACCGCCUCAGGCCUCCCCAUGCGCUGAUCCAGGCACUGGAGAGAAACUGGUCCCGCCUGUUACACAACUUGAGACAAACACCCUGGCCUCCUUAUCACAGAUCUUGGACUCUCAGGACUUUGAGGAGUUCUCAGCCACGUCUCCUGAAUCCCAAGAACUGCGGGACUCACCUUUGAUCGACACCAGCCAGAACCAGCGCUCCUCCUCUGGACUGGACAUCUUAGGACAGCAUUUGGAGCUUGAGAUUGGUUUGGAAACUGGAGGUGCGACAAUUUCAGACCCAGCGCUCGACUUAGAUUUAGGCAAAGGCGCAGGAUCAAAUUCACCUUCCGGAUUGAUCUCGAGCCUAAGAAGAACAGGGUUGGAAUUCAAUUCCGAGUUGCGUAUCGAUGUUGGCGGCGAGCAAGCGGCUGCAACGGGGCGAUUUGACCAGGAUUUGGAAACACAAAGGAGAUCGUCUCUCCAAGAGUCACAUCCACCUCAGGACUCACGGACAGCGCAGAGACACAGCUCGGACCCGGGGGGUAGCUAAGGAAGAAGCGAAGGGUACGGAGAACGGGAAGGUUCGACAGUGAGAGGGAAGGAGGAAGGAUACUGCUGGCCCUAUUUCAAACUUUGCAACCAAAACCCUCCUGUGACCUUAAACGCAAGGAUGCGCCAUUCAUGAAGAGCGCUCUGAGCCCAGAAGGGAAAAUAAGGUGGAUGCCUCUCUAUCUCUCUUCCUAGUUUCUUCCCCAUUCCGCAUGAACACCCAGAGCUCUUCAACAGUGCAACCUUGAAUCACCCCCCGCCCCCCACCCACCCAAAAAAGAGCAGAGAGGUGUCCUGAACAGGCAAAUCGAAGAGGGGUGGCAUCACUCAAAAAUGACUGCAAUCCUUAGGCGUAUCCCUUUACUGCUGAAUCCAGUCUUAAAUGACUUAUCGAGGACAUGUAAAGACGAAAAAGAAAAAAAAAAAAAAACAACAAAAAAACCAACAGACCGAAUAAUAAUGAAACCAGUAGCCAUCAUGUCUUGCACUGAAACAGUUACUCUAUUCUUAUGUGUCAGUGGCGCUUCCGAAAAGAAACCUCACAAACCGGUUGGUCAAAAUGUAGUGUUAGCUGGCCUAACAAGAAACCCGCUGUCCCAUUAUGUCAACGGUUCCUUGCCUCCCCCCCCCUCUCCCCGAUGUCCCGCGCCAAGAGGUGGAGAAAAUGUUGCGCCCGAAUUCCCAAGAGCACACUUGACUGGCUGGCUGGUUUGCACCUCAGGCGUGGGAACUGGAGGGUUCAAAAGCCAUGAAUUUUCUUGACGAACAUAUCAGCUGCCCUACCAGAACCAACAUUUUCUCGUGGGUGACGAACCAUCCGCAUGCCUGUCAUGGAAAUCGGCAAACCCAAACGUGUACACAAACGUGAAAUCCCAGUUUUCCAACUCGGUAAGCUUUUUGAGUUUUUGCAGAGGAGUUGACGUCCGCAGUGGGUUUGAGUUUAUUUUAUCAUUGUUGAAUAUGCUACCUCAGAUUUCACUGGUCCGUUUGUUUUUCCACCUAAGCACCCGGAAUGCUUAUAAAUUGUACAUAGCAGUCAUGAGCUACUAAUAUAUAUAUAUAUAUACACACGUUGGACAGUUUACGACCAGACGAAUGCGCCAUUAUUUUCUGUACAGUACAAUAUGCAAACACUGGCAAGAAGAGUCGAGUGAGUGCGCUUUAUGUAUUGUGAUUUAAUUUUUUUAUUAUUAUUUUUUUUUUUAUGUUUGCUAAGUUUAGGUCUGUGCGUGUUUUCUUUUUUUGUUUUCAGUCUGCAGAACAUAAAUCAGAACUGGUCAGUGUGUCAGCUUCGCCCCACUGUCGAUGGACACAGCAAAUCGGUUUUCUUAAUUAGGGAGACAUUACAGCCAAGAUGUUUUGCUUUUGUGGAUCUAAACAGCACAUGUAAAAUCCCUUUAAUAUGAAGUUUCCAAAUAGUUACACGGUCAUCUGAGUAUGCCCGAGACUUUUUAAUCCUUUAGCAGUAACGUUUCAGAAUUUAUAGUACCACUUGUUAUUGCAAUUGUUAUUGCCAGACGUAAACAUUGUACUUUUACCUAAAAGAUGCGAACUGAGAUCCUCUGAAGUAUGACGACGCUCGGACACACAGGGUGACCGGAACGCCACUUCUUUCAUGGAGUCAAAGAAGAAAUGUAACGUCUGCAACAAAUGUGCUCAUAUGCAGUAUGAUUCAUCUUUAGAGUUG